GCAGGGUAUUCCAGCCCGGUAUACAGAACUACAUAGGGCAUAUCCUGGAUGGCUAGCGGGAAAGACAGAGGUGUUAUACUGGCAUAUUGUACAUACUGAAAAAGUGUCAAAUUGUUGCAUAGUGUUACUUUAAGACAGCUGACUACAACACAACCUUGCAACCAAUCUGUGUGACAUGUAUUUACUCCUUUUGCAGAAGUACCCUAAAUUAAAGCUUCUUUGAUCUGGAAAAUACUUCGAAAAGAUAUUUAAUUAAAUUGCAGUGUGCAACAGGUGACGUUUGAAAGAAAAAAUUGUUUUGUCUGCCCAGGACUCUGUACACAAUUGGCAGUGGGCCAAGCAGUUGUUGAUAUAUUGCACCCUUGACCUGGUUCUAGUACCCAUUUGGAUGACCCAAGUCAAACCAGAGCUGUCAGCCCUUCUGAGAUAAGGGCGUGUCUACAUUGAUAUUUUUCAACACCACAGGAAGAAGUAGCUAAACAAAACAAAACGCCAAACAAAAAAGGCGACUCUACCCAUAAUACUUAUUUUUAAAGGUACCUUAAACACUUGAAACAUGUUUAGGACUUAGACUCACUGAAAGGUAAAAUUUCCCCCAGUUUUGAGAACGAUGAAGCGUGACCGUCAACUGUUGAGAUUCCCCAUCCCCAUGUUAACAACACACAUUAACGUAGCAAGACACGUGUCAAACUCAGUGCUACUCAGAAGCAUGCUCCAUGCGGUGCAGCUUAUUUGUUGUUUAUGGAGUGGCAGUGCGGUUCAGAAAGACUGCCGUCACCAACGCAGUACUGAAGUUCAUCUACGCAUCCACACGUAUUUAUCGUUAGGCCUGCGCAUUAAUCCUCUUACAUUCCUGGGAACGGAGGCGGGGCAAACCUCCUAUUGCGUAUGCAGUUUUCGCUCUGGUUAUUUAGAGUGGAGCAAUGCUGAAAUGUGGUUGAAGGAAUAACAUCGAAGAAGACUACCAUGAUUUUGCCGCGAAAAGCCGUGUAAGACUGCCCGUGUCGGAGUCAAGCAGAUGUAGGCUACAUCCCGUCAUGAGUCGCUUCAGGUACUACACAGUUGAGGCGACGUUGAUAUUCCUGUCCGUCGCUCAACUCACCUCAGCACUGAAGUGCGUGUGCCAGCUGUGUGCCAAUAACACGUGUGAGACGGGAGUGGACGGGGCCUGCUGGAACUCCGUCAUGCUCAUCAACGGCAAGGAGGAAGCCGUCAAGGCCUGCCUGUCGCCCUCCGAGAUGAGAGGCCAGGUGUUCUGCUACAGCUCCAGGAACGUCUCCAAGAGGAACUGCUGCUUCACCGACUUCUGCAACAACGAGACCUUACACCUGUACCCAGAGAGGCCUCCUGAGGGGUCUGGCUGGGGCAGGCUGGAGUUGGCAGCAGUGAUCCUGGUGCCCUCGUGCCUGCUCUGCGUGGGCAUCCUGAUGGGCGUGUGCGUCAUGCAAGGCCAGCGCUGUGCCCACUACAGAGGCCGCCAGCAGGACGUGGAGGACCCGCUGGACGAGCAGAGCAUCAUGUCCCCAGAGAAGUGCCUGAAGGAACUCAUCUUCGACAUGAGCACCUCCGGAUCUGGGUCAGGUUUGCCGCUGCUGGUUCAGCGGACCAUAGCUCGCACCAUCGUCCUUCAGGAGAGCAUUGGCAAAGGGCGCUUUGGCGAGGUGUGGCGGGGGAAGUGGCGUGGCGAGGAUGUGGCCGUCAAAAUCUUCUCCUCCAGAGAUGAACGCUCCUGGUUCCGUGAGGCCGAGAUCUACCAGACCAUCAUGCUCCGACACGAGAACAUCCUGGGCUUCAUCGCCGCUGACAACAAAGAUAACGGCUCGUGGACGCAGCUGUGGCUGGUGUCCGAGUACCACGAGUAUGGCUCUCUGUUCGACUACCUGAAUAGGUACACGGUGUCGGUGGAGGGGAUGAUCGUGAUGGCUCUGUCCAUCGCCAGUGGCCUGGCCCACCUCCACAUGGAGAUCAUUGGCACUCAGGGAAAACCUGCCAUUGCUCACAGAGAUAUCAAGUCCAAAAAUAUCCUGGUGAAGAAGAAUGGCACUGCCGUCAUCGCCGACCUGGGCUUGGCCGUGAAACACGACUCCAGCACCAACACUAUCGACAUCCCGACCAAUCACAGGGUGGGCACCAGGAGGUACAUGGCGCCUGAAAUACUGGACGACACGAUCAAUAUGAACAGCUUCGAGUCGUUCAAGCGGGCGGAUAUCUACUCGCUGGGUCUGGUGUUCUGGGAAGUGGCGCGCAGGUGCUCGUUUAGAGGAAUCCAUGAAGAUUUUCAGCUGCCUUACUAUGAUCAGGUGCCUUCGGAUCCCUCCAUCGAGGACAUGAGGAAGGUGGUGUGUGACCAGAGGCUCAGGCCCAACAUUCCCAACCAGUGGCAAAGCUGUGAGGCGUUGCGGGUGAUUGGUAAAAUCAUUCGAGAGUGCUGGUAUGCCAACGCCGCGGCGCGACUCACCGCACUGCGGGUCAAAAAGACCAUCUCUCAGGUGACGGUGACCAAGGAUGUCAAAGACUAAGCAGCCCCUGGGUAGAACAACGAAGUUGGUCCGAUCCAGCCUGAAUCCUCAAAGUCACUGCAAGGUGAUCCCCCCCCCCCCCCCACCUCCCUCACUCCCACACAGACUUCAAAAUAUGCCAAAGAACCCCAGUGUCUAGCAGCAAGGAUCCUCAUCCUACUGCAAUAUAUCCACAACUGAAUGUGAAUCGACAAAAAUGUUUAUUUUAAAAACUGUGACUCACCGGAAGUGAAAAGGAUUCGGAUGUGUACAUACUUUGCUACCUCAAAUGUUUUAUUUUUGUUUUCUAUAUAAAGUGCCAAAUGCUAUGAGUUGCACACGUAUUCUGCUUCAUGUGCCAUAAAUGUUAUGCUUGUUGUUCAUGCAUACUGAAUGUAAAUGUUACUGAGUAACACUCUUGGCUCGGUUGUGGAGGAGGACUCAAUGUAGUCUGCCCAAUGAGAUGGGCAGCCACUUGGUUACUACUGACCAAAGUCGCCACUGGAAAAAAUUAUGUAUUUUUCUUUUCUCUUGCUGUAAAGAGUGACAAAUGCACACUCCUAGAUUUACCCAAGGGACCAAUUAUCUCUAUAGCUGUGUUUGUCAUCAUAGUGGCUAUCAUCGAAAUCCCUUCUGGUAUGUCUCUGAUGCUCUUUUUUAUGCCCUCAACAAGCCAAAUAGAAAGAAGAAUGUAUGCAAAUCUCAAAAGUAAAAAUAACAAGAGCUGCCCAUUAACACUCUUUCAGUGUUGCUGAAGACUUUAUUCCCAGUCGUAAAGACACAGCAGGCGUCAGACGUCACUGAACUUUGGUCUCUCUGACAAACGUUUUAUCAGCCUACUAUGUUGACAGGGAGACCAGGGAAACAUAUCAGAUAAAGAGAUACCCAUAGAGUACAGUUGAGUGCACAAUAUCAGCUGUAUGUUGAAGAGCGAGAGAGAGAGAGAAAUAUGCCCAAUGCCUUCAGUACAAAGGCUGUGUCCAGUGGAGCCUUACCUCUUCAACCUUGGUAAAAAGAUAAAUAUAUAUGAAUAUGUCUUUAUUGUUCUUUAUACCUAAAGUCUGUAGCCCUCAAAGGUUUUAAUGGUUGCACUUUUGUGGUGCUGUAUGACACUACACAAUGUUAAUACAUUUAAAUUCAGUAAAUUAUUUGCUUUACUGGAUAUUUUUAUUUACAAAUAUAAUAUGACCAAACCAGAGUGGUUUACAAGGUCUUUACAAGCAAAUCACUAUAACUGAAGGACUUAUGACUGCACUUUGUUGACAGAUAUAAUCUUGUUGUUGGCUGUUCAUACUAUCUGCUAGGAAGUAUAUGUCCCGUGUUAAAGCAGUGUUUUGUGUAAACAGUGGUGGCUUAAUUGUGACUGUCAUGAACAAUAACGCCAUUGUCACACCACGCUUCAUGGUCCAGCUGUAACACACUUAUGAAAGAGGAACAAGAACCAAAUCUGGUUUGUAUCUGCCUGUCUGGGUGCGAGCAGGUGAGCACUGAAUUGGGGAGCAGGCCAUCGAGUUCAUGUCUGCGGCUACUGGGUUCCUUUCUGUGCUGCUGCUUGCAUGAGUGAAACUUGCUAUCUCUGUUACCACAGGAGUCUGUUUUUAAAGAGACAAAAAAGCACUCCUUAGGCUUUCAUGUGUACUCAAUGUUCUUUUUAUAUUUUGUGUGUGUGUAUAUAUAUAUAUAUAUUAUUGACCCUAAAUGCUUUUUAACAGCAUCUAAUGUUGCUUAUGUGGCUUAAAAAAAAUUAAAAGAAAAUGGCUGAAAAGAAAAAGUUAAAAACUAUAAUUGUUACACUGUCUGACAAUGACACUAACUUGUUCUGCAUGGAUACACUAUUGGCUCCUAGAGUUAAGUUAAGUGGCCCAUCAUCUGAUGCUUGCCUUUGGCUGGCUUCAUCCAGCGCGUACGUGCAUGCCAAUGCCAGAGUGAGCAUGUGUUCCGGUCUGCCCCUGCCUCCACACAGUACUGGAGUCAAAUGUGAAACACAAGGCAGAGCAUGACUUUCUGGGGACAAUAAAUCAGUGGAGGGGGCAAAUAUGGUGUACAUGGCAGAACAUGGUGUACUCAGUCCACAGUGGCCAUGAGUGGCCUUACAUGUGGCCAUACCUGCAUGCUUCUGACAGCACACUGAACAACCCAUGUGAAAUAUUAUCAGCAACGUUCACACAUUAGUAACACAACAAAUCACGGUAGAGGCAAAUACAUAUGAUUGCCCUCAGUUUUGCUCAUAGUGUUUGUUGUAUGUUACAAUGUUUCUCCUUGAAGACCCAUUCCAAACAGGAGAUUGGUUCAUUUCUGACAGGGUAUACAGUGUUGUUGUUCCUUGCUGAAGCACACCACAAAGAAUGCUUUGGGGAAUUUUGCUUUUUUGUUUUUGUUUUGUGUUUUUAAUUUAAUUUGAUUUUGUUUUGCUGAAGGCAUGUAAACUGGGUACUCCAUACUCCACUCUAUGCUUUGAGUUCUGAACUUGGUGUCUUAUUUUGAAUUAGCAGUAUACUUUAUCUCUAACGUCAUGUUCUAUUUAUUGUAUUCAGAUGUGUGUAAACUGUGAAUAAAGUAUUUUUGGUUAA